CGCUCGAGGCCCCUCCUGCCUGCCGGGGAAGCCUUAAAACAGCCCGGUGAGGUGCGGAGCCCCGCACUCGGCAGCCCUAACCCACGGGCAGAAGCGCUUACCGAACCUAGAGACGUGAGCUGCAGCGGCCGCCAUGCAGGGUACCGUGAGGCUGUGGGUCUCGGUGCUGACUUUCGCCCUGUCGCUGCUGGUCUGCCUGGGGUCGCUGGCAGAGGCGUACCCCUCCAAACCGGACAGCCCCGGCGAGGACGCCCCCGCAGAGGACAUGGCCAGAUACUACUCGGCGCUGAGGCACUACAUCAACCUCAUCACCAGGCAGAGAUAUGGAAAGAGAUCAAGCCCAGAGACACUGAUCUCAGACCUCUUGUUGAGGGAAAGCACAGAAAAUAUUCCUAGACCCAGGUUUGAAGACCCUUCGAUGUGGUGAUGGGAUUUUCAGCCCACUGUCCAAACUUUUCCUAGUUUUCAAUUCAUACUCCAAGCCUAUGAAGCAAAUCAUAGCAUCUUUCCCAGUGCAUGCACCUGUUGUACUGAACUCUGUCGAGAUUUUUCCUUCAUCCUAUUUGUAUAUACCUUUUAUUUAAAUAAAUUAUUUGUGCAUUCCAAAAGAUAACAAACAGAAAGGGACCUGGGGGUGCUGAUUGACA